AUGGCCAAGCCCGCGCCUAAGAAGGUCGUCGAGUCUUCCAGUGACGAGUCCUCAUCUGAUGAGGAGGUUCAGGUCACCAAGCCUGUUGUACAUAAGAAGAAGGUCGCCGCUAAAAAGAAGGUUGAGAAGAAGCCUGUUGUCGAGGACAGUAGCAGCAGUAGCGACUCGGAUUCUUCGGCGGAUGAGGCACCCCCGCCUAAGGCCAAGAAGACUGUAGCUAAGAAGAAGGCCGUUGCCCCUAAGAAGGCCGCCCCUGCCAAGAGGGCCGCCCCUGAGACAUCAUCCAGCUCUGAUGAGGGUAGCAGUGACGAUGAGGAGGAAGCUGCCCCUGCUAAGAAGGUCGCUAAGGUCGCUACUAAGAAGGCCGCUACUAAGAAGGCUGCUGCCGCUGCUGCUGCUAAGGAGUCCAGCUCGAGCGAUGACGAUUCUUCGUCGUCUAGUGAGGACGAGAAGCCUGUUGCUAAGAAGGCCAAGAAGGCUACUCCUGCUAAGAAGGCUCCUAAGAAGGCCGCCGUUGCUGAGGAGUCCGACUCAAGCAGUGACUCCAGUGAUGAUGAGGAGGAGAAGAAGAAGCCCGUUGCUAAGAAGGCUGCUCCUGCUAAGAAGGCCGCUGCUGAGGAAUCUAGCUCUAGCGACUCCGAGUCUAGUGAGGAUGAGGCCCCUGCCAAGAAGGCCGCCACCAAAAAGACCGUUGCUAAGAAGGCCGCUGCUGAGGAAUCUAGCUCCAGCGACUCCGACUCUAGUGAGGAUGAGGCCCCUGCCAAGAAGCUUGUUGCUAAGAAGGCCGCCACCAAGAAGACCGUUGCUAAGAAGGCCGCUGCUGAGGAAUCUAGCUCUAGCGACUCCGACUCCAGUGAGGAUGAGGCCCCUGCCAAGAAGCCUGCUGCUAAGAAGGCCGCCCCUGCUAAGAAGGCUGCUGCUGAGGAAUCUAGCUCUAGCGACUCCGACUCCAGUGAGGAUGAGGCCCCUGCCAAGAAGCCUGCUGCUAAGAAGGCCGCCCCUGCUAAGAAGGCUGCUGCUGAGGAAUCUAGCUCUAGCGACUCCGACUCUAGUGAGGAUGAGGCCCCUGCCAAGAAGCCUGUUGCUAAGAAGGUCGCCAAGAAGGCCGCUGCUGAGGAAUCAAGCUCCAGCGACUCCGACUCUAGUGAGGAUGAGGCCCCUGCCAAGAAGCCUGCUGCCAAGAAGGCCGCUGUGAAGAAGGCCGCUGCUGAGGAGUCAAGCUCUAGCGACUCUGAUUCGGACGAGGAGAUGGAGGACGCCAAGCCAGCGGCCAAGAAGGUCGCUGCUAAGAAGGCUGAGGAGUCCGACUCUAGCGAUAGUGACAGUGAUGAUGAGGAGGAGGAAGCCCCCAAGAAGGUGAAGGCCGCUGCUGCCGCUGAGGAGGAAGAGAGUGAGGAUUCUGAUGAUGAGAUGGAGCAAGCCCCCACUGGCAAGCGUGCUGCUUCUGAGGCCACUACUGAGGAGGACGAGGCUCCCGCUCCGAAGAGGGCCAAGAUGAACGACGGUUCCGCCCAGGAGUCUGUCGAAAGGUCCAAGUCUGUGUUCAUUGGCAACUUGCCUUUCUCUAUGACAAAGGAGUGGCUCGAGCAGAUCUUCAGCUGGUGUGGUGACAUUGAAAGAGUGAGCAUCCCCACUGACUGGGAGAGCGGCAAGAUCAAGGGUUUUGCUUUCCUCGACUUCGCUGAUGAGGACUCCGCUGAGAAGGCUGUCGGCAAGAAUGGUGAGGACUGUGAGGGCCGCGACUUGCGUAUCAACUACAGCUUCCCCAAGAACGACAAUGCCCAUGGUGGUAAGGGCAAGGGCGGCAAGGGUAAGGGCAAGGGCCAUCAUGAGCUUGGCGAGAAGUCUGCCUCGGUGUUUGUCGGUAACUUGCCUUGGUCCAUGACCCAGGACUGGCUUUAUGAGGUCUUCGGUGACUGCGGAAGCAUCACUCGUUGCUUUAUGCCUACUGAUAGGGAGACUGGCAAUCCCCGUGGUUUCGCCUAUAUCGAUUUUGACACUGAGGACUCUGCUGAGAAUGCUACUAAACUUAGUGGCACUGACCUUGAGGGCCGACAGAUCCGGGUUAACUACAACCAGCCUCGCGAGUCGAGUGGAAAGGGUGGCAAGGGAAAAGGAAAGGGUGGCAAGGGAAAGGGCAAGGGAAAGGGUAAAGGUGGCAAGGGUAAGGGCAAGGGUUCCGGAAUUGCCGCUUCCGCCCGGGGAACCAUCCAGGAGUUCGCUGGCCAUAAGACCACCUUCGCCGAUGACGACGACUCCGACUCUGAUUAAACACGUAUAGUUGAUAAGAGUAAAGAUGUGUUGAUUACCUCAGGGGUGUUUGUGACUAUUGCUGGAGCAUAGUGUGCUGUUGGUUUUACAAUUGUCGUAUUCAUCAUGUGACAUUAUCGACAGCUGAAGUAUUGGUAAAGGCAUCAGUAGUAACAUCACCUCGCUACGUUUCCUUAUCUGUGUACCUGGUCUCUGUACACGGUACGUCUAUUCUUCUCCCUUUUCAC